AUGACAUCGUACAAAAAGAACAUUCCCUUGUCAAUCGCUGGAGCAAUUAUUGCAUUUCUCGCCAUCGCAUCUACUUCCGCAGCUGACCGUGUCUUUCUCACAAACAAGGCGGAUGCUACUGACAUCUAUCCUGGUUGUCCCGUUGAUAUCGGGUUCCGCGUUCAAUACUCUGACCUUGCACAACUCAAAUGGGUUCAACUACAAGUGCUUGGCGCUGACAACUCGCUCAUGAUCGAAGGGCUCGAUAACUCUACUAGGGCGCAAUGGGAUGACACACGGGCAAAGACGGUGACAUGGAUGGUACCCAACAACUGGCCUUCAGGCGACUACAUUGUCCGCGCAUUCGGGAAUGCCUCUUACCCAUGUCAACACGGCGCUCGACAAGAACACUGCGAUUUCGCUCUUGAGGACAGAGAGACGUUCCAUUUACGUCCUCUUGCUGCAAGUCAAGGUUGUCCAUUCACCUCCUUCAAACCUUCUUCUCCUCCCUCAAUCGGCACACCUACAGCCUAUGACACAGUUAACAAAGGAGCAUCGCAACCACCAGUAUCGGGAAAUAGUGCCGCCAGCUACAGUACGAGCAGCCACGAUCUACUCAACAAGAACCUUGCAGCGGAGACAAGCACUUCUUCUUCGACAUUCAACGGAAACGACAACAACCUCGUUCAAAAGACCAUUGACCAGUCAGCAACCCAGCGGAUCCAGGACCAAACGAUUUUCAAGGUCCUGGACGAGAUGCGAGACUACAACCUUCAGAAAUCGACCCUGACCCUCAAGACUGGAGAUAUCGUUCCCAUGUCGGACCGAAUGGACAGCUCGACCAUUACGCGGUUUAUUCAAACACUCGAGUUGAGCAAUAGCGCCCUUCGUAGUUUGAAUGGAGGAAAAGGGGGCGCUGGUUCGAUGUCCCUGGUCGCGGCGCUUCAGAGGAACAGCUCCUUGAUCAUCAUUCCUCCCGUCACCCCUUCUUCAACCACCGCAGCGACAACGGCGCCCUUUAACCACACCGAGGUCAACCCGUUUGGCCGUGGGUUUAUCCAGGACGGCCCGGGCCAGAUCCAGGACAGGCUAUCUAAUGAUGCCAGUGCCAGAACCGGGAUGACAAAAACUCUCUUCGCGGCUGCAUUGGUCGCGCUCGUAGGGUCCUUGACACUUUGA